AUGCGAAGAAGAGGACAAUCGACUACACCCACUCCUGCUCAAAUAGUGUAUACUAUCCCGUCUAGCUCACCGGAGAUCGAAACGAUCGACCAGAAUGAGGAUGAGGACAAUUGGGGCGAUGAAGCUGUACUUUCAUGGGAUGGAGCUCAGGGUGGCGAUGGUCAUGAAGAACGAGAUAAUGAGGAUGAUCAAGCUAUAUCUGUAUCUUCUGUGGCACCGUCCGAAGCUGGACUCGAUGAGGAAGAGGAAGAUGAGGAAGAGUGGGGGAGGGAUGCCUAUUUGGAAUGGGCCUGGGAUGGGGACGAUGUCAAUGAAGAGGACGAGGCAGAAGGUCUGUCUGCCACUAGCGAUGAUGAACCUAUGCCAGACCCAGAUGCAGAAAAUGCAGACGAAAAUGAGGGGGUCGGAGAAGUAAAGACUACGGCUCAGUUGAUACAGCGAGGUAUGCCAGAUUACUGCACAUGGGAAUUGAAGAAACUUCAAAAACUGGUGACUGGAUAUGGAUUUCGAACGAGUAAUGAUCAUCAGGCAUUAGAGAAGAUAGCUAUGGAAUGUUGGAAAGCCAUCAACCCGACUUUACUUCACCCUACCGCACAUGACGAACCGAAAUCGAAAACGAGCUCGACAUCUAGAAAAUCUGGUGAGAAGGAUCCGACUGAUGUGGCUAGUAGACAAAAAGAAAGAGAAAGAGAAUCAAGUAUCAGUUCAGCUGAUGUACCUCUCGCUCAAGUGAAAUCAAAGAAAGGUAAAUCGAAAUCAACCGCUAUCAAUGUGAAAGAUAGUCAAGAAGAAACCCUUACAACAUCGACGCGACGUCAAGACAAAACGAAAGCAAAGGCCAAAGAGAAAGAUCAAGAGAGGGAGGAGCCAAAAGGGAAAGGUAAAGUGACGUAUGAAGAUUUGAGUAAGAUGUUUUAUAGGUUGAUUAUGGACGAUCAAGAAUUGUAUUUGAGAAUAUUAAGAUACGAGCCAAUAAGCUUUGACGAGCUGAUAAGUAAAUCAAUAGCUUCUGGUAUAGAUAAGGAGAAAAGAGGUUGGAAAAAGGAUUUGAAAAGAUACCUCGAUUUGCAGAGCAUCUCAUUUUUCACUGAAGAUCCAACUGGUCAACGAAGAAGACAUUGA